AUGAGCAACACACAGGCGACACGGGAGACCACACAGGCGAGCGGCACCGCUGCGACGACGGUCGCCACAGCUGCGACGAACACGGCAGCCCCACAGAAGAAACUAUCCCUUGAAGAGGACGACGACGAGUUCGAGGACUUCCCAGUGGACGACUGGGACGCAAAGAGCACGGUCGGUGCCUCGCAAGGUGCCGCGCAGGGACAGGGCACUGCCCUCUGGGAGGAGAACUGGGACGACGUGGAGGUCGACGACGAGUUCACGCAGACGCUCAGGAGCGAGUUGCAAGCAUAG